AAAUACUCAAUUAAUAAUAUAAAUAUAAGUUCCUUCAUACAUACAAAUAUAUAAUCAUAGAAUCUCAAUAAUGCCACAAAAGCUAAGCCUUACAGAAAAAGAUGGAUCAAGGUAACGCAUUAAUAUGGUUUCUCUUGCUAGUUGCUAGGAUAUGCAUGAGUCCAAACUCCAAAGCAUGCACGUGCAUAUUCAAAACUUUAGGAAUAUAAAUAUAUUAUAUUCCUUAAUCUUUAUGAUUGUUUCCUCUCCAUACAGAAAAGAAGACUUUUGGUCAUAACACAAACAUUCCUUACUUCCUACAUUAAACCUUCUACCACACAUUUUAUCUAUAUAAACACAUACAUAUCAAACCAUUGUUUAAUUCGCAUAUGCAUCCACAAUAAUACAACCAUAUUGUAAUCUUUCUAAAGCUUGGUCAUCCUAAAGAUCUGAAAAGAAAAUACACCUUCAGCAUCAGUCAUCAUGGGUGUCCUUGGAACAGUGGCAAGAAAUUUGGAUACAAUAGUAGGGCCAGGAGCAAUGCUUCUUUACCCUCUAUACGCAUCAAUGAGGGCGAUUGAGAGUCCUUCAACCUUAGAUGAUCAACAGUGGCUAACGUAUUGGGUUUUGUACUCCUUCAUAACCCUCUUUGAGCUUUCAUUUCAUAAGGUCCUAUCUUGGUACGUCCAUGAAUAUAUUAUAAUGUUACGUAUGUUAUAUUUAUUACACAACAACAACAACAACAAUAAUAAUAAUUUUACAAAGUGCAGGUUACCGUUUUGGCCAUACAUGAAGCUUGUAAUAUGCAUGUGGCUGGUGCUGCCAAUGUUCAAUGGAGCAGCAUAUAUAUAUGAGAAUUAUGUGAGGAGAUACAUAAAUGUAACGAGCUAUGGAGCUAAUGAUUAUACCAUGAAGAACAAGAAGGCGAUUCAGAUGAUGAGCUUCGAUGCUAGGAAAGCUGUUGAACGCUACAUCGAUAGACAUGGCCCUCAAGCCUUUGAAAAAGUUAUCAGUGCUGCUGAGAGAGAAGCAAACAAGCACUGA